UCAGACUUCACAUGUCCGUGUAGGGGUUGGAAGGUGUGGUGAUCACAAGCGGGGUGCUCACCACCUCUUAGUUGCCUCUGACAAGUUACAGGUUGACGAGCAGUGCUUCACCACCCUCUCGUUGCUCGCAAUCUGUGGAUUACAAGUGAAAUCUUUGCCCCGGCAGCCACGUAGACUGACGAUCCUCUCCUGAAGUAAAUGGUGUAAACAUGGCCAGACCCUGGAUGCUGCAUUCCAUUCUGGCCUGCUGUCUAGUGUACCUUCACGCCUCUUCGGCCUCUACCCUGAACACUAUAUACAGUCACAAUGAAUCGAGAGCAUCUUCGUCCGGCUGGCUGAGCGAUGUUGACUGGAGGAACACUUCGCUGGCUGGUGACGCUGCAGCAGCAAUCGACAGCACAGCAGCUUUGAGCGAGGCACUUGCCUCGAUUUGGGACAAGGUCCGUCGACCUUUUGUUCUCCAGGACACCGCACCAAAUGUGGGAGAUCGUCUGACCACCUUCAGGAGAAAACUACUGACGGAGGCUAAAAAGUUGGUUACCCUCUACACCCACACUACUUCCUUCCUCCCAGUAGAUAAGAACAGAACAGAAGAGGCAGCGAGGGGCAAGGUAGCUGCCGCCAGUGUGGUUGGCAGCAGUGGUAGUGGACAACCUAGACCUAAAAGGGAUCACCCACUUGACCUACCACUCUACAAGGGCCACAACGGUAUGCUAGUGCUGGAGACUAUAGAAGGCGUAGCCAACCUUCCGGUGAACGGGUCUCUAUCUCUGCAUAUGGUGAUGUGGCGCGGCAAUAUGAUUUUAGCUAUAAUAGACUCUGACCUUAACCUCAAGCUCUUCACAAUGGACCCUCAAACGCUAGAGAAAAAGCUGGUGUUAACAAUGUCCGGGAGACUGAAGUGUAAAAUGGCAAAAGUGUCGACGGACAACCUGCUUUUGGUGUGCAUCACGCGCGAAGUUCCCCAAAAGUUGGCGAAGUCACGCACUAUUGAGGAGGUGACAGUUUACCUCCUGAGGGAGGCAGAACCCGGGGGCACGAACCUGUCUGUUGAUUUCCUGCAGAGUAUCCCCACCCACAGCCCCUCCGACGUACAUGUGUGGAGCCAAGAAGAGAGCUGGUAUAUGAUGGUUACUGAAGCAAUGCUAAAGAGGGCUAGUGAUAAAAUCUCCCUGAGUGUCAACAACCACAAGACUACCACAUUCUCCCAUCAUGGACUACAGUCCCACUACUCUCACCCUCUUCCACCCUUCCGUACAACCACCACCUAUCACACCACUUCUAGCAUCUACCGCUGGACUGGCCAGUACUUCGACAUGAUCCACAAGCUACCAGGCACCUACCCAACGUCAGUUCUCCACUUCAAAACCAAGAACCUUAAUUUCAUUGCUAUGGCCAACUUCAUGAAUAAUAAAGGGGAGCACAACUGCUACAGUUACAUCUUCCACCACUCCCUGGACAUGGAACGCUACGAGCUUCACCAGCAGGUGUUUACAAUGGGAGCUUUGAACUUUGAGGCCUUCACUCUGGGCAGUGGACUAGACCCACACACCUACCUCGCCGUAGCUAACUCCUGCGAGGAUGUUAACGAUGGGUUGGGAAGAUGCAACCCUUAUACACGUUCGAGGAUCUAUCGCUUUUAUAAUGGAAAGUUCGUACUCUUCCAGGAGAUCCCCACCGCUCACGCUGUUCAGUGGCUAGCUAUCCAGGUGGAGGACGGUGUGUUAGUGGCUGUGGCUAAUGCACUCUCGGGAGUCAAGUUCUACCAGUACAACGGGUGGAGGUUCAUUCCCACCACACGUCAACACACUGGUGGCCCUUUCAGUGCUGGCGUUACCUCCAUGGCUGCACUCUCCUGGAACGGCAACAUCAUGAUGGGUGUGACCAACCACAAUACGGAAUACUCUUCCCCACAAGUAUCUUCUCUUUACACUUUGACUUUCAGCAGAGACACUACUCUAGAGGAGUUUCAUAUGAGAGCAGAAAGCUGGUGUAGAGAACGUAUUGCCCAGUUGAAGAAUGAAAACCUGUUGACGCUGGUGCACCAGGUGGAAGGAACCCCGAAAGUAGCUCAAACCUAUACCUUCACUGUGCCUGUGACCAUCGUUGGCAACCUUAAUGUGCAAGGGCAGAGUAGUGCCCUCCAGAUUUACAUUAGAGGACGCGACCAAUGGCUCCCUGACCGUGUGAACCUGCUGGAGAGCCUCAGGGUGAUGCUCUAUGACAAGCUGCAGCAAGUGCGUCAACGUCUUGACGAUACUAUACCCUUGGCUGGCCCUACCACCUGGCCUGCUGAUUUGCACUUAGCCAAUUUAGAGGCUUGGGGGACUGACAGCAUUUCUGUGGUUGACCUUCUGGGAUCUCUUGUUAAUAGCAAGGUCAUGGAAAAGGAACGUGUAUAUCUAAGACUAUCCGACCUGUCUCAUCUGAAGCUUGACCACAUUCACUUCCAGCAUAUGGAAAUGCAGGCGAAUGCGGAAGUAGCUAUGCUACAGAAUCGAGCAAUGGCUGAGUAUGUCACCCUGGGAGGUGUACACACAAUGAGUGGCCAGGUGACUUUUCUUAGGGUCAUCAAUGCUUCGCAGGUGACUUCAAGUGGAUCACUUGAUACAAUCUUUGUCAGCCCCAGCACACUGCUGCUUGUAAACACCUCACAGACGCAUACUGGGUUGAUCAGGUGUACUACCCUGGAGGCUGUAGCUCUCAACGUCCACACCAUAAAUAACAUAAACACUGAGCAGCUGUUUGAGAGCCUCGUCACCAAUGACAACUCUAUCCUCACUGGUGAGCUGGUGAUUCGCGCUGACCUGCGAGCCAGCAAUCUGAAGGCCAGCGCCACUAACCUGGACCUCCACAACCCACUGAAGAUAGAUGAGACAGAAGUUCAAGUUGUUACAGGGCAUCACCAGGUGGGCGGCUUGUGGUGUCAGUCAACAAGGGUGGCCGGGAAGAUCAAUGGGGUAAGUGUACCUACAGAAGUGUUCCUGAGUCGGUCCGACUAUUCCUACAGCGUCUCUUCAGCAGCCUUCACCAAACUCCACUCAGACGCCAUACACAUCAACACUGCUUUCCACACCAUUACUGUAAGUGAGUAA